AUGAAGCAGCACAUAAGCCAGAAGCUCCGGCUGAAGGAUAUGCUGCAGAUCAGCCCAGAAACUGUAAAGAGCUGGACUCCUGAGUCAUUAGGAGAUUUACCUUGGUAUUUCCUAAGAAAGAUAAUGGCUUUAAAUGGGAUGGCCAGAAAUACAAGCCUUAACUACACGGCACCUGGUUAUCAACAAAGCAGUGAAGAUGAGCAAGAGCUGAAUACUGAUGAAAGUAUUUCUUGUCUUAGUGAUGCUAAUGCUGUGAAUCCACUUGAUGUUCUGUGUGCUGUUCUGCUUUGCUCAGACAGUUUCCUACAGCAGGAGAUCCUGUCCAAAAUGUCCAUGUGCCAGUUUGCCCUCCCUCUCCUGCUGCCUGCCCUCGACACCCCCAGGUGUACCCUAAUGCCGUGGGCCAUGAGGGACAUUGUGAGGAAGUGGAGGCCACACUCCCGCAGAGAGGAGAGCCUGGUGCUCACGGCAAUGCCAACCAUUUCCUUUGUGCGCUUGGGCAGCUGUAGCUUCUCCAAGUCCAAAUUCCUCAGUGAGGUUCUCAGCCCCUCCCAGCAGCACCAUGCUUUCUUUGUCUAUCGGGACAUGGAGUCUGGGCAUGUCCUUCGAAAUAUCUCUGAUGGGUUGGUAGAAAUAUCCUGGUAUUUUUCUGGGAGGGGGAAUUUGGAUCUUUUCCCAGAGCCUGUUGCAGUUACUAAUUUGCACGGAGACAUUGAGUCACACUGGCUGCAAUUCAGCUUUUUAACAAAUGUCUCCUCUUCCGUGUUUAUAUUUGCUGAAAGCAUCAGUGAAAAAAACUAUUUACUUUUAUCAUCUCUAAAGGAAUCAGAAUGUCUGUGA